GCAAUUCACACUGUUGUAUAUACAGAAACGCGCAUCCUCGUGUUGGUUUGUUUUAGGUGUUUUUUGUUUUUCGUUUAUUUUGUUCGGUUAUAGGAUAUCGGAAAACCAUGAAAGAAAGAAGAAACGCACAGCCACUGGUGGUCAGAUGUAAACUGGUGCUGGUUGGGGAUGUUCAAUGCGGGAAAACUGCUAUGUUACAGGUUUUGGCAAAGGAUUGUUAUCCAGAGACGUAUGUGCCCACAGUAUUUGAGAACUACACAGCCUGUCUGGAGCUCGAUGACCAGCGUGUUGAAUUGAGUUUAUGGGACACAUCAGGAUCUCCAUACUAUGAUAAUGUGAGGCCCCUCUGCUACAGUGACUCUGAUGCAGUGCUCCUUUGUUUUGACAUCAGUCGCCCAGAUAUCUUUGACAGUGGACUUAAGAAGUGGAGAGCUGAGAUCCUUGACUUUUGCCCCAGUACUCGUAUUCUCCUUGUUGGUUGCAAGACAGACCUUCGGACGGACGUCUGCACGCUGAUGGAGCUGUCCAAUCAAAAACAAACACCUAUCACUCAUGAGCAGGGCUCUGCCAUGGCCAAACAGUUGGGCGCUGAGGCCUAUCUGGAGUGUUCAGCCUUCACCUCUGAGAAGAGCAUCCACAGCGUGUUCCGCACAGCUGCGCUGGCUUGCAUCAACAAGCUACAGCCCCUCGCCAAACCCAGCCCGACCCGCCGGCUGUCCAAACGCCUGCUCCACCUGCCCAGCAAAUCCGAGCUCCUCUCCUCCACCUUCAAAAAGGAGAAGGCCAAGAGUUGCUCUGUAAUGUGAGUGGAGAACUUCAGCCCCCAUAACAAAAGCUACACCAUUCCCUGCGCUUUGGUCUGGGGAAGGGGGGUGGGUUCCGAUUGCCACAUCAUCGACGUGUGGAAUCCUUCCUCACCCCCCAAAGAAACACCUUUCAGAACAAGUGGACACCUCGCUGUCCUCCUUGUCCUGAGCUCUUCAACAGUGCAUAUGUAUUUUCAGUACUGUAUCUUGCUUUUCAAACCAGAUUCGAUCAUCAGCCUCAUCUAUUCACUCCUUGUUAUCAAUUACGUCGUUGUGCCAGUUGAAACUCGAAAUGAUUCAACUUGGUAAAUGGGAAAAGGAUGUUUAAAAAGGUUCUAAUGCUCAACGUAAGCUUUUUGAUGUAUAAACACAAAACAAACACCUACAGUAUGCACUAAAAUUGUGAAACCAGGCUCUUGUGGAGCUGUGCGCAAGGCCUGGGUCAUGUAGAGGAGAAGCGGCCCAUUUGGCAUUGUCAUGCUAGUUGAAUUGGCUGCAGUGUAGAAAGCAAAAUGUGAUUUUUAAAUGGGAGCCGCCCAUAUCUGAAAGCCAAGAUGGAGAAAUAGAGAUAAAUGGGCCAAAAAUAUUUGUAAGAAGACAAUUUAUAAUGCUACCAAAGUCAAUUUUCCCUUCUUUCCUCUACUAGAACACUGUUUGAUAUAUACACGCUUCUAUUUUUAGAGGCAAUAACUAUCUGAGAGAUAGGAUGGGUGUGACUGGGGAACAUAUUACAGUGAUUAUCUGUAUCUCAACGUUUCCUGCUGCUUUCUAGUGUAGGCAACCAUGAAUUUGCAAAGGGACCCCUACGCUAGUUCUGCGAACGCUCAAACGGAUCGAAUUUAGCAUAAGCGUUCGUUCCUGAAAAUGACCUCCAGAGAGAUGCCGUAGCACUACGUUGAGUUUCUAAGUCACCUGGUUUGAGAUGUUUAGGAUCAGACCAGCUUGGGUUUCGUUUGUCAUGCAUCUUAUGUAGCAUUCUGUCAUCAAGCAGCAGAAUCUCCCGUUUCAUUGCCUCCAUGCUCAUUUGCAGCACUAGCAGCUGAAAUAUUUGUGGAUAAUAUCGUCCAAUGUGUUUCUAAACUUGAUUAUCAAUGGCAAAAACAUGUUCUUAAUGUGCAAAGUGCUAAUCUUGAAGUCUGCUUUCCACCACAAAGCAAUAAUUAUGGUUGAAGUGCUUAUAAUGCAAAGUGUGUACAGUGGCAAUAAAUAAACGAAAAAAGGCUAUAUAAAUUCAUGCUACUGCUUUGUGGACAUACGUAUAGUUAUGUGGAUAUACAUCAGCACUGCUGUAAAAACCAAGCCAAUAUAUUGUGACUCUGUUCAGCCUUUGUUAAAGUAAUUAGAUGAAAAUAUGACCAUUGGAGUGCAACACAUAUUUUUCUUUUUCUUCUCCUUUUUAACCAAAUAGUAAUAUAAGUGUUCUGUUCAUGAGCAUAAAGGGAGGUUAAUGCGGAGUAGAUGGACUGGGAGGAAAUUCAGACUGGACCUUAUUAAUAUAUGGAUCAGCUGACCAGAUAAGGGCUUUGAUGUUUGUGAAUCUGCGAGGUCGAACUGGAAACGGAAGACUUUUGGAAUAAAACUGAACAGGCUGGUCCUGUUUAAUGAAAGAUAUUUUUCCAUUUUUGAACUGUUGUUUAAAUAAUUGUUUUUGCUUUCUUUGUGUUUACAUGAAGUCAAUAUUUUUCUCAUUUUGUUCAAUCAUCAGUGGCGGAAGGGAAGAUGCGAGCAGCCGCUGUGGCUGUUUACAAGUUCCGCCACUGUGAUCACACACCAAAUUCCUUUUGCAUUGUCUACUGACUGCGUAAAUAAAGAAACUGAAGAUGAAUUUUGGGUGCUAGGGAGUAUGAACAGCGUGUAUACAUGUCACAUGGCUAGGCACACAUUGUAGCUGCCGAUAUACUUGUUUAAGUCAUGUGAGCGUCCCAGAUGAAGAUGGACGUUCAUUCAUUAUGCUGCCAUUGCACAAUGUUGGGUACGAAUAUGAAUACACUUCAAGCAUGUCCUCUAGUUCUUCAGUUGUACAUAUCCUGUUUUGUAAUCUUUGUAAGACAUCUAAAAUGUCACGAGAUUAAAUAUUUGUUCAUGUUGUGGAUUGACAAAGAUGUGCUUGAUGUAAAAUUGCUUGGUCCUAUUUAUUUGGAUUCAUCAUUUGAGGUAACUAUUUUCUGUUUUGUGUUUUACACGAUUUUGUUUCAAAAUGUUAUUUUUGAAAUGACUUCUCCCUUUUGUCUUUCCAGUAAUAAAGCUUGCCUUUGUGUGGCACACAUGA